AUGGCAAGGCAGACGUCCGCGUCCGGCUUUGACAACGACGACAUUGUCAUUGCAACACAUCCGCAUCAGCCGUCUGCAGCAACGUUCAGGUUUCCAAAGCGAUCGUACGGAACGAAACUGAGAAGCUUCCAACCUUCUUGGUUUGAGAAAUGGCCAUUUCUCCACUACGAUGAAACGAAUGACGCCGUCUAUUGUCACACCUGCUUGUCAGCCCAUUUCAUGAAGAAGGUCAACAUUCCAACGGCUGACGACUCAUUUAUUAGGAGAGGAUUUACAAAUUGGAAAAAUGCUACAGUAUCUUUUAAGAAUCAUGAGAAAUCAGCUUGUCAUCUGGCUGCCACCGAAAUUAUAAUUACCCUUCCUAGUACGAUCAAGGAUAUUGGUAAUCUGCUCUCUAAGGAGCAUGCUACCUCUAAGAGGAGAAAUAGAGCUGCCUUCUAUCAUAUUUUGUCUUCAAUACGAUAUUUGGCUAGACAAGGAUUAGCAAUACGAGGCCAUGGAGACGACAGUGAUGGAAACUUUAUUCAGUUGCUUAGAAUGAAAGCAAAAGACGAUGACAAUUUGUCUUCAUGGAUGACAAGGAAAGACAAUUCUUAUACGAGCCCUGACAUUCAAAAUGAAAUAGUAGAGUUGAUGUCGUCACAUGUGUUGAGGGUUAUUGCAAAUGAUCUUCGCAAAUCUCCAUUUCUCAGUAUAAUGAUUGACGAAACAAGAGAUUGUGCCAACACAGAACAAGUUACUGUAGUUGUGAGAAUGGUUACCUAUGAGUUUGAUGUUCAUGAGCAAUUCCUGGGAAUGUGCGGUGUACCAUCCGUAGAUGCUCAGACUUUGACAACUGCGAUAAAGGAUGUUUUUGAGAGAUUUAAUUUCAGUUUUAAUAAAUUACGCGGGCAAUGCUACGUUGGAGCCAGUGCGAUGAGUGGAGCAAAAAGUGGGGUAGCCAGGAGAAUACUUGAAAUUGAGCCAAGGGCACUGUUUACACACUGCUAUGGGCAUUCAUUGAACUUAGCUGCCUGCGAUACAAUGAAGCAGAUUAAACUCCUGAAAGAUGCAUUAGGUGUAUCUUUCGAAAUAACAAAGUUGUUGAAGUAUUCACCUCGUCGUGAGGGGAUUUUUCUAAGAUUGAAAGAAAACUUGCCAGCAAGUACAGCCACCGGAAAUAGAGUCCUUUGUCCUACAAGAUGGACAGUUAGAGCUGACUCACUUGCAAGCAUUUUGGAGACCUUUCAAGCCUUGCAAGAAACCUGGCAGGAAUCAAUUGAAGUUGCACAUGACACUGAAACCAAAGCAAGAAUUGGUGGAGUGGAAGCGCAAAUGAACACAUUUGAUUAUCUAUUUGGCACCAUGCUAGGUCACAUGGUUUUGAGACAUACCGACAAUCUCAGCAGAGCAUUGCAGGAUAAAGGUUUGUCUGCUGCAGAAGGACAGCAAGUUGCUAGAAUGAGUCUAGAGACAUUGAAGUCUUUGCGUACAGAUCAGUCGUAUGAGUUGUCUUGGCUGAAUGUCAACAAGAAGACGGAGGAAUUGGAAAUUGGAAAACCCAUGCUGCCUUGUCGGAGAAAGUGGCCUAGAAGAUUUGAGGAAGGCGAAGAUGGGUACCAUCAUGAAACAGUCCGUUCUUACUAA